AUGCCAAUGUACAAAAAGUCCGGCAUAAAAAAUAGCCGAAAUUAUAAACCACUGGAGAACAACCUGGAAUAUGGCACGCGACAGAUCGAUCACAUGCCGGGUGCAUUUUGCGAUUCGGACAGUCCAUAUGCUGUGAAGUUUUCCGAACGAACUUUACGUGCCUGCGACCGUGUAACGUCCUUCUAUUUGAACACGUGCAAAACCAUUUUCAUCGGUGAUGUUUCGGUUGGGAAAAGUUCGCUGGUGAAUCGAUUUUGUCGGGACAGUUUCAACAGUACCUAUCUGCGGACAAUCGGGGUGGAUUUCGAGGUGGAAAAGUUUCUAGUCUUGGCGCAUCAUUUCAAUCUGCAAAUAUGUGAUACUGCCGGCUAUGAGCGUUUCAGGUGCACUUCUGAAAGUUACUAUCGCAAUGCAAGCGCCGUUGUUGUGGUGUUUGAUUUGACAAAUGAAAAGUCCUUGCGAAAUGCCAGACGAUGGCUAGAUGAGGCUUUACAAUUGAAUCGCCCAGAUAUUUUGAGGUUCUUGGUUGGCACAAAAAGAGAUUUAGUGGACAAUGUAUUUUCAUCGAAAAUCGGAAAUGAAGCUAGAAAAAUGGCCAUCGAGAUGCAGGCUGAGUAUUGGUCGGUGUCGGCCAGGAGCGGCAAAAAUGUUACCAAAUUUUUUCAACGUCUAACCGCACUAUCUUUCGACACUGCCGUACGGCAACUUAUAAACUCAAAUAAUCCCAUAAGCCAUCCAAGUGAAAAUAGUUUACUUAAUCUUUACUACCUCAAGGAAGAUCAGAAAAUCAAAAAACCAAGGAAAAGUUCCUUUUGUAAAAUAAAUUAG